AUGAAUUCGUUUUACAAAAAAACAAGCGUACCUGAAGCCAUUUCCUUCCUUCUGAUCCGAUUGACGUUUUUGUUAAAUUUCUUCUUUAUUUUUUCCAUUCUGGCAUUCUUAAUCACUUUUCUUUCUUUAUUUACAUCUAUCUUAAUCACUUUUCUUUCUUUCUUUCUUUCUUUCUAUCUAUCUAUCUAUCUUAAACAAUCCUUUCUUUCUUUCUAUCUACCCACUUUAAUCAGUCUUUUUCUAUCUACCUAUCUUAAUCAGUCUUUCAUUUCUUUCUUCUCAUCUAUCUCAGUCAUCUUUCUUUUUUCCUUUCUUUCUAUCUAUCUAUCUAUCUAUCUAUCUAUCUAUCUAUGCAAACCAGUUUUUUUCUAUCUACCUAUUUUAACCAUCUUUCUUUAUUUCUUUCUUUUCUUAUCUUUAUCAGUUUUUUCUUUCUUUCUAUCUAUCUUAAUCAGACUUGUCUCUCUUUCUUUCUUUCUUUCUUUCUUUCUUUCUUUCUUUCUUAAAUAUCUUUUUCUAUCUACCUAUCUUAAUCAGUCUUUCAUUUCUUUCUUCUUAUCUAUCUCAGUCAGUUUUUUCUUUCUUUCUUUUCCUAACAUAAUCAUUUUUUCUUUCGUUCCAUCAACUUAUUUUAAUCACACUUUUCUGUCUGUCUUAAUCAGUCUUUUCUUUCUUUCUUUCUUUCUUUCUUUCUAUAUUAAUCAGUCUAUCUACCUAUCUUUAUCAGUUUCUUUUCUUUGUCUCUAUCUUAUAAGUCUUUUCAUUAUUUAUUCUUUCCAUUCCGUCAUUUUUAAUCGGUUUUUCUUUAUUUACAUCUGUCUUAAUCACUUCUUUCUUUUCUUUCUAUUAUUACCUAUCUAUUAUCGAUUUUGA